GCUUUGAAGUUGGACACCGCACCGUUCACUCGAACUUUUGCCGAAGUGUGAUCGCGGUCAGGGAGGAAGUCUCGGAGGAACAUGUUACUCUCAUACGUACACCAAAGCUGAAAGUGAAAGACCGCGGAUAGUGUUGUGGAUCUGGGAGCGCAGUGGGUCCAUGGCGAAGUCGACAAUGUUGUUUACGACCUUGCGAAGCCCUUCGAACUUCUCGAAUCCUCUCACAACUUGAAUGACAGCAAUAGACAUAUAUUCGUAGACGCCACCGGUGAAUUUCUACCCCAUGAGGAAUCUUCGAAAAUCUGGAAACUCUAUUGUUCUAUCAGUGAUGUUGAAAAAGAGGACCUGAUGCAGCAUGAAGGUUCAUAUGGCGAUCUUUUUAUAAAUAGAUUUAACGAUUACUAUGAGAAAAAUCGAUUCACUGACGAAGCACGGGCAAGCCAAAUACUAGAAUGGAUGGGAAAGUUUGACAAUAGUAUACAGUGCAGCGAUAGCUGGUUUAACGUCUCGGCUAAAGGUCUAGCGGAAUACAAGCAUUGUGAUGGUGACCUUCUGCUAAAUUGGAAGAAUCGAGGAUACAAAACCCUCCUUGAUAUUCUUAGGGUACUGCAUUCAAUGUCUUGCAAUUACAGAAACAGUAGAUUUCAUUGUUUAACAAGCAAAAAAAUUGCUAAACAGACAUCGGAGCUUAUCGUCGUGAAAAUGCAGACUACAAUGUUUGCGAAACGUCGACAGAAUGUUGAAAUCGAACGCAGUUGUAUUCAUGUGGAAACCGAUAAUAUAAAUAUACACAGCCGUGAAAGUCCAAAACUUGAAACGUCAAAAACUUGCCGCUUAUUUCACAGAAGUAAGCAUAAACAUCCGGAUCAUUUGGAGGUCUUCCCUAUCUUUGAAAAUAUUAGGUGCUCUACAGAAGUAAAAAAAAUUGAUUAUGUAAAUCCAAACGAGAUUACGAUUACAACCCACACAGGAGAAGAUAUCAAAGCAAAUAAUGUGAUAUUCACGGCUUCCUUAGGUGUUUUGAAACAUGACUAUACCUCCUUAUUCAAUCCCCCGCUGCCCCGAUCGAAAGAACUCGCCAUAAAUGGGUUGAAUAUCGGAACAGUCAAUAAAAUAUUCUUAGAAUUUUCUCAUCAGUGGUGGCCAACGGAAGCGGCAGAUUUCGAAUUUCUUUGGCCCGAAGAAGAGAAGAAAAAAUUCUUAGAGGAAACUCCUGCAGAAGAUCAUUGGCUACUUGAUGUGUUUGGUUUCUUCACUGUAGAUUAUCAGCCUCGGAUUCUGUGCGGCUGGAUCACAGGCGAGGGAGCUCGAGACAUGGAGACUCUCCCAGCAUGCGAAGUGAAGGAAAAAAUUUAUGGACUUUUGAAGAAAUUCCUGGACAAAAAAUAUAUCAUACCCUCUCCAGAUAAAAUUCUGACAUCAAAGUGGCAUUCAGAUUCAAGCUUUCGUGGGUCCUAUAGCUUCAGAAGUUUGACUUCAGAGGACAGAAACGUUUGGGCGAGUGAUCUGGCACAUCCAAUCGUAACUGGUGUUAACAAACCCAUUAUUCUCUUUGCUGGUGAAGCUACGCAUAGCCAUUAUUACUCUACAGUGCAUGGUGCCGUGAUGACAGGAUUCAGGGAAGCAAACAGGCUGAUUGAGUACUACGCAAGAGGAUCAGCUUCAUAAGACGUGCUCAGCAGGAACUGUUUUCCUUUUGUUUGUAGGAAAUGGAGAUACCGUUCGUCCUGCUUUUGAAACAAUUCGCUGCAUGAUAUAUAAAUCAUAUUUUUUUACUUAUUCACAUAAACACAGAUACUGUAAAAAUUUGAAAUUUCAAUUCGUAGCGCAUCGUCCCGCGUUCGUUAUAACUCUCGCGAACGCAUUCACACAUACACUUGUGGGUACGGAGAUCCCCACUGGUGAGCAUACAAAUGUCUCUAAAGACCAGUACUACCGCGGACAUCGACGCUGAAUAUACUUUUCAGUAAACGCCUUCAUUACUGUGUAUUAUAGACUUACGCUACGGCUAAUAAAGAUAUUGAUAACGUGGUCA